AUGUCGGAGCAGGAGCAGCGUCAAGGCAUCUUGGCGCUACCGACCGAGCUCAUCCACAACAUCCUCCUCGCGUUACCGCCGCUCUGCAUCGAGCACUUCUCGCAGACAUGCAAGCUUGCUCGUCGUCACGUCUACGGCGACAAUAGCAUAGGCGAUAUGCAUCUAUGGAAACAGCUCUACCUACAACGCUUCGAUGACUUUCCUGAUCUCUGGAAGGCAAGCAACGAUUCUUGCUUCCGCGAACAAGCGCAAGAGAUCCAGCAUGAGCACGAGCAAAACGUGCUUGCUUCGACUUCCUCCUCGACAUCAGCAUCUUCUGUUGCAUCUUCCUCCAAGCAUGCGGCCUCGUCGGUCAUGUCUCUCGUCCAGCUUAGAGAUCGCGCAGCACGCCUGUAUGCUGGAGACCCUACCAACCAUGGUCCCAUCGCUCUCAACUUCAAUGCUGUCCUGUCAGCCUUGCUAUCCGUCAUCGACACUGCCGUACCUCAUGCCUCAGAUCCGUGUCGCAAUUCGACCUGGCUCGACGACUCUGUUCUCUCGUCAGGUCAACCCACCUGGAGUGAGUGGGUCUUUCCACGCUCCGUCAUGCACAAUCUGUACGAGUUUAAGCUCGAGGCCGCUGCCGCUGCUCGCUCCAACAAACGGUCUCAAUCUCCACAGGAACGCAAGCGCCGACGCCUGACCGCAACAGAACGCCGCACCAUCGCUGGUAAGGGCAAGGGAGAUAGCCCAACUCAAUCACCAAAAGGCAGCCCAUCCCGUCGCAGGUCUUCCUCGUCCAAAUCCACCAGCGAUGACAAACCAGGCUCAAUACGUAGGCGAUCAGCACGCCUUCUCAAGUUCAUCUACCCAGAAAGCCUGCAUGGUCUUGUAGAUGAGGGUAUCGAUAUCGAUACUCUCGCACAGCCACAGAUGCGCUUAGCGGCAAGGAUACAUUGCUUGCACGGCAUGAGGGCAUGGAAAGACUCGCAAAAGCAGCGACUCACUGCCAGCCCGCAAGAGAUCGCCAAUCAGCGUCAGCAAGACGGCCUUGCCAACGAGGGCGCAGCACAGGCCGCUUCAAGUCAGAUAGAAGAGCAACCUCAGGAUGGUCAAGAGGACGCCGCACGAUCACCUACCGAAGGACGUGACGGAGAUGGACAGCAGGCCACCACUGCCGACGCGAACGCCGCGAACGCCGACUCAUCAGAAGCCACAGCUGAGGAUGACUCCAACGCCGAAGAUGAUGAUGUUGACGACACUGAAAGCUUCGACGAACCACCAGCAGCCAUUCUCCGCUUCCAGCCUAGAAUGUUUGGGCCCAGCUUUGGCUUCUGCAAUGCGCCAGACGAGGAAGAUGAGGUUCGCGCGCGUAUGAGGCAUCGUGUCUACGACUCCGGUUACUACGGCUACUCGAACGGCUUCGGGCCUCUGCACGCCUGGCGAUACGAUCCUCACGCUGAUGAGGACGAAGAUGACGAUGACGCUGAAGAAGGGCCGGAGGGUGAGGAUAUUGAUGAUGACGAUGCCACGAUGGGCGAGGCUGGAGGAUUCGGCAGUGAGGACGGUGACGACGAUGCUCUUCGAGAAGCAGCCGAGCUCAGUGAUGGCAGCGACGACAUUCCUGCUAACCCAGUUCCCAUCGAGAUCGAAGUUGGCAGAGACGAAGAUGACAGGCGUACCUUCCAGGUCGCUGAUCGAUACGGCAACCCAAUACAAACGACCGCUUCCAGUAACAACGCAGCAAUCCGAGGAUGGGACUCGUCCGACGACGAGGCGGACGAAGGACGCGAGACAGAUCGCACGCCCUUCCAGCAGCCCGACCUUGGCACUUAUGAUGCUGACACACGCACCUAUACAUACGAGGGUCAUCUGUCCAUUGGCAUCGUCACAGGUGACCGCGACAUCCAGGUCACUGUCGGCAACACCGUCGACUUUGUCGCUACGGGUGCAGUCAAUAUUCGUUUCAUCCGGCCAGGUAUGCUCGCUGAGACUAUGCGCGUCACCAGCGGUGAUGGACACGCAAUUGAAGAUGCAGACGAGGAGCCGGUCAAUGAUGAAGUUGACGAGGACGACAUGGAGGACGAUGACUACGAUGAAGAUGCAGACGACUUUGACGACUAUGGCGGCGAGGACGAGGACGACGACAACUUCGGACCAUUUUUUGACAUGUUCCGGCCUUUGUCCGGUGCUGCAGGUUACCGUGGGUGUCGUGCUGAUGAAGAGAUCAAGCACCUUGUCGAGCGACAUGAAGCAAAACGUCAGGGUGAUGAAAAGGACCAUGCCGCAGCUGGCCGACCUCGUAAGGUCAGCUUGCGACGCAAGUCGAUCCAUUGGGAGCUCAUCGAGGCCAUCAUGGUCGUCAUGUACGCCAACCUGAAGGAAGCGAUCUGGCUGGAGAAUUGGGGCGUCGGCAUUCGCAUCCCCAAGAUCUACGAUGACGCAGGCAUCAUGACGAAAGAUCCGAUGGAACGUCGCGAGUUUCUUGAUUUCCCCACUGGCUGGAUCUCGUCCAUGCCCAACUCAAUCCCGUCGAAGCUCCAUGUAGAAGACAUUUCGGACCAACGUUCAGGCGGCAAGGAGGCGACACCGAUGGACACAGCCUCUCAAGUUCAAGAAGGGGCUUCGUCAGACUCGCCAGAUGCAAAGCCACAUGACUGGGCUCGAUGCGAGAGCUUCUGGGCUGGCACAUAUGCUUUCCUCGACUAUUCACACUUCGUUGACUUCAAUGUCCGCCUGGCGAGACGAAGAAGGGAGGCAAUCACUAGAGCAGAAGCUGCAGUGAACGGUAAAGGCAAGCAGGCAGGCAACGGCAACACUCACACCCAGUCCACGCCGAAGCCAAGCCUGGUCGGACAAGAAGAAGCGGUCGGCGACUGUCUCCAGCUGCGUCUCGAACUUCUACCCAAAUCGCAGCGACCGGCAUACAAUACAGACGAGGAGGGUCAAGAGGACGACGAAGACUACCCAACACUCUUCUUCCGCGGCACCACAGUCACGUAUUGGGGCAACGAAGCACUCAUGCCACGAGGCGGUGUACACGGCAAAGUGCGCCCAGUUUACGCUAGAGAGGAAGACGUGGACGAGAUCCUCUCCAAGGGCCGACGAGGCAAGAAGAAGGUCGAAGGUCUACAUUGGUCACUUACGCAUGUAUACGAGGGAGAAGAUCGAUGGCAGCUGGAAGGCAUUCAGCCUGGUCCUCCCGGCACUAGAGCCCCGAUCUUUGGUAUCUGGACCGAUGCGCUACACGAGGAGGAAAGCCCAAAUGGGCCGUUUGUGUACUGGAUGAUGGACGAGAGGCCGUGGAAGGAGAUCGAGAGGAUCAACCGACAGGAGGCACAUGAUGCUGCUGCUGCUCGAGCUGCAAAUCAAUGA